GCAGUGCGCGUCGUAUCGUCGCAAGAGACCUGCAGCACUUCUAGUCUGGUACAGGUUGUGCUCGGUCAUGACUCAUGAGGCCAAGAGCACCCGAGGAGGCCGCGGUUAUUUUAUUUGCCUGUGCCUGUAUCCUUUUGACCUUGUAAUAAAAAAGGUAAAUGCAUUUGGAUCGGUGCUUGCAGUAGUCGGAGACCCAAGCUCUUGCGAUAGUCAUAAAGGGCGAGAUGCGCCUCGCUCUAAUUUGUAGUUCUUUGGUGUAGAAUCGAGCUUCAGUCCUAGCAGGGCUCGAGAGGUACACACAUGCACGCCCUUGGUGCAGAGUCCAGGCCAGACGUCUACAAGAGACAACGGGAAGCCAGAGUGCGAGGUUGAAUGGGUUGGGUAUGAUCGCAGGGCCCAAUGCACUUGCAAGAUCAGCACUAGUGAAAAUCCUCAGUGACGCUGCGGACAGAUCCGAAAACAUGGCCGUCGCCAGCCUGGGCCCAUACGUUGGACAGAACUUGAAUAUGCUUCUGCAGCACAAAGAUCAACACGCCGACACUCUCAUAGCCAUGCUUGGAUCUCGCUCUCCUCAGAUGUCCUUGCAACAAGUGCCGAGGUCUCUUGAAGACCUGGAGGAUAUGAACGCGGGGUGCGUACUAAAACGCCCUUAUUACACCGCGUAUGAGAAUCCCUCGUCAUUGGAGACCGAUUAUGCUGACGACGGAUGCGACGAGUUUUCUCAUCGCGUGGAAAAGAAGCGGCGUCUCUCAUUCGAUCAGGUGCGAUCACUCGAGCGGAAUUUCGAAGUGGAAAACAAGCUUGAGCCCGAGAGGAAAAUGCAGCUUGCCAAGGAGCUAGGACUGCAACCCCGUCAAGUGGCGGUGUGGUUUCAGAACAGGCGCGCGCGCUGGAAAAUCAAACAGCUGGAGUGCGACUAUGACGCUCUCACACAAGACUACAAUCGCUUGAAGAACGAUUUCGAUGCAGCCCUUCGCGAUAAGAAAAAAUUGAAAAACGAGGUAAAUCGCCUCAAGGGAAUCGCUCCAGAGGUCCCAAAAAACGUUGACGCUCCCAAACUCAAGCAUUUCAAGGGUCAGCCAGUUUCUCCCGCGCAUUCUGAGAAAUCCGACAUUGUGUCAUCGAAAACCCACCCGACUCCCACAAUCGACGUGCUUCCCAUAGCAGACCAGGAGUCUACCGAGCACAGAUUCAAGCGGACAAUGAGCUACGACAGCAACUCCAGCGAUGUCAUGGACGCCGAAAGCCCCCGCACUGCCGACAGCAGCAAUCCAAGCACGCUAGUCGACGCUUCAUGGGCCCAGUAUCAUAAUCCCCAGUUCCCUCCCGAAAACUAUGUGGGGCCGAUUUCCAACCUGCAUCUCGCCGACGGGGACAUGGUCUCGCCCCAAGUGAAGCUGGAGGAGAUGGCCGGGUUCCCGACGGACCAGGCCUUCUUGCUGUCGCAGCUGGAGAAUCAGACUAUUCUUCCCAAUUGGUGGGAUUGGGCUUGAAUAGUUACACCAGCAGCAUGGAUCUGUACAUAACAAUCGCCAUCGGUGCGUUUUCUUGGAGUUCUAAGGGUUUCGUGGCAAAUUUUUUCCGAACUCCCGGUCGCAAGCUGUACCAUAUGGAUGAAUCGACUUCACUUGACAAGUGUAAUCGUAUGUUCCCCAGCGCUUCACCAACGAAUGACUGGAUGCACAAGAUGGCGAAAGACAAACCCAACCGACUAGACGCUUGUUGAUCCCCGCUAUUGAUCAUUGUGUUGCAACUGCCGCGUCUCCAUCAUUUUGUUGGAUACUUUGUAAUUUUACAAGCUAACUCAGAAACUGUAUGAAGUAAUAUGGAUCAUAGACCACUUCCCUCUGUGAGUAGAUAGAAUUAGGUCACAUAAUCCUCUAGAUCAUCAAGGUCGGAGGAGAGAUCAUAAGCAGUGUCAUCAGAAACAAACAUAACAUGAAAGUUGGAGAGUAAUCAGCCCACUUUCGACAGAGGUUUACAGUUGACCUCUCCCAUUUACGUCGGUGCUUCCUCGAGCACCGUUGUCGGCCAUAAUUUGUAAACAAAUCAAAUAAGAAUCGGUGGUCCCUCCGGGUUGUAGACGAACAAGACUAGAUCUCGUUCUAUUAUCGUCACUUUCACGCUACUUCUGUGCCAUGCCCUUUCAAAUCACUUGGAAUAAAGCGGCUUUCACUUGUGCAACAA